UGACGAACGCUGUCUGAAGCAAAAGUGCUGACCAGAAGUCCCAGUCCGAGCUUUGAUGUGCCCACCAUCAGCCCCACGCUGCUCCUUCAACAAUGAACUAUGGGAAGCUUCAAGCCGAGUGAAGAAUGGCCAGGUUUAGGUUCAAAACUUGCAUUGGAUCUGUUGCUUUGGUGUCCUUCCUACUCAUCAUAACCCUGAUUUUGAAGGCUCUCACACCUGAGGGUCCUUCUCUCUACAACCCAAGAGACAUUAGGGUGAUCCCAGACCAAAGGAAUGAUCCACAGAUCCAAAGAGACGGCAAGAAAUCAUCUGAAGAGACCAGAAUGAACGACGCUGCUGAGUCAAAUAGGAAUGCAGAGCUGGAAGCCACGCUCAGGAAGUUUCCUCCCCCAAACUACUAUCUCCAUGCUUUCUACUACGUAUGGUAUGGUAAUCCCAAGUUUGAUGGCAAAUACAUCCACUGGGACCACCCACAGCUGCCACACUGGGAUGCUAAGGUGGCCCAGGGUUACCCACAAGGCAGGCACAGCCCUCCUGAUGAUAUUGGGUCCAACUUUUACCCCUCUUUAGGACCGUACAGUUCCAGGGACCCCUCUGUUCUGGAGGCUCAUAUGCAGCAGCUGCGUACAGCAGCUAUCGGAGUCAUCGCUGUUUCCUGGUAUCCUCCGUCAACUAAUGAUGACAACGGUGAGCCUAUAGACAGCAUCGUGCCUUUGCUGCUCGAGGUGGCACAUAAAUAUCACAUUAAGGUUGUUUUUCACAUUGAGCCAUACAGAGGAAGAGAUGAAGUCAACAUGUUCACUAAUGUCAAAUACGUCAUUGAAAAAUACGGAGAGCACCCAGCGUUUUUCAAGUACCGGACAAACACUGGCAAACUUCUUCCACUUUUUUACGUAUACGACUCGUAUUUGAUGAACUCGGAGCAGUGGGCUAAGCUGCUGAAGCACACGGAGAGCAGCAGCAUCAGGGAUACUCCGUACGACGCCAUUUUCAUAGCACUGCUGGUCGAUGAGAAGCACAAGAUGGACAUCCUGACCGCGGGGUUUGAUGGCGUCUACACAUACUUCGCCACCAACGGGUUCUCCUACGGCUCCACUCAGCGCAUCUGGGGCUCCGUUAAAGCUUUCUGUGAAGACAAUAACCUGAUCUUCAUUCCCAGCGUGGGUCCGGGAUAUAUCGACACGAGCGUUCGACCGUGGAACUUUCAGAACACUCGAAACCGCAUCAAUGGCAAAUACUACGAAACCUCUCUGAGCGCAGCAUUGGAGACCAGGCCGGACUUUAUCUCCAUAACGUCUUUUAACGAGUGGCACGAAGGGACACAGAUUGAAGCGGCGAUUCCUAAAACGAGCCAAACUGUGUACUUGGACUAUCUACCCAACAAGCCGACAAUCUACCUGGAGAUAACUCGCAAAUGGGCCGCCAUAUUUGGCGGUGAGCGACAAAGAUGGCAGGAGUGAUCAAAGCAAACAUUCAUUAAUAAGGAUGUACUACUGAAAAAGGUUUUAUUUGCAAAAUGCACCAAA